AUGAUAUUCUCAUCAAUAAUUUUAUGUGGUCUUCUUCCAAUGAUACUUCGUCUAUUUAAUGCUCGUCAACAUUUUUAUCAUUAUAAUCUUGAACAUCAAAAUGUUGAAUGUACAAAUCCAAAUGAAUUUGUCACUCUACAAUCAAACAGUAGUGAUGUACAAUUAGAUUUAUUUGAUAUACAUAAUAAAAUUUAUAAAAAUUUUCAACGAAUUAAUUCUUUUGAACAACCAAUUAUUUAUACACAAAUACCAUUUAUUGAUGAUGAUAAUGAUACAUCUAUUUAA